AUGUGCGAGGGUAGUAUACACACAGUGAGACCUCGCACCUGGUGCGGAUGGUGCGCGCUGGCAUGCAGCUACAUCCCAUGUGUGGUCGCCAUGGCCCUCAUCGCGGCCAACAUUGUUCCAUACCACCUCUGCUUCCUCAGAAUGCUUCGUGCCGCGUGCGAGAUCGGCAACGCGUCCUUUGUGUACUACUACUACUGCGUUGUGGUGAUGGUUCUUGCCGAGGUGAUGGUGUACGGCAACCUCUUGCUGGCCGUCUUCACCUGCCCUGACUUCGUGCCACACGUGCCAUGGUCGGAGGCUCCGGUGUACCAGGGCCGAUCUGUCAGUGACAACCCGUACGAGGUGUUCGAACUUGACCGGGCCGGUAGGCUGCGCUACUGCAGUUUCUGUAAGCAGUUCAAGCCGGACCAGGCGCAUCACUGCCACACAUGCCACUGCUGCGUCUACCGCAUGGAUCACCACUGCCCUUGGAUCAACAACUGCGUCGGGCGCGGAAACAGCAAAUUUUUUCUGCUGUUUGUCGGCUACAUCCCUGUUGGCGCAUUCCACAUCGUGUUUACGUCGCUCUUCAGCUGCGUCUUCCACUUCCCGAAGUUUUUCGAUAAGGCGCUGCAGGACGACAACGUCCUGCAGAGUAUGGUCAUCAUCUUAUCAAUUAUCUUCUCCAGCGUUAUGGGUAUCUGCUUCCUAGUGUUCGCCUUGCACUUCCUAUGCAUGGCCUACCGUGGCCAGACCUCCGUGUCGCGCAUGAUCACCUUGAAGAAGCAUCCCGACGAGCUGGAGCAAGCUCGCAAGCGCCAGGCCGAGGAUCGAGCCUUCUACAUGUUUGACCUCUGCGGUAGCGAUCAGCGGUGGUACCGGAUGAUACUCCCCUUCAAACCCGACCACGACCUCCGCCGUGCACCGCACGGCUACGUGCGUCGCUUCGGCGGCUCAGCAGAUAUGCUCUUCAUGAGCCCCGUGUAG